AUGAGUGACCCGAUCUCUGUUGCCGGCACGGCAAUUGGAGUGGUCUCUCUCGGACUCAGCCUUUGCCAAAAUCUAGUCGAUUACGUGGAAGCCUUGCAGGACCGAAAGAACAGCAUUCAGUCGACUUUGAGUAGGGUGGAAUGUCUCCGGACGACUCUGGACAUGGUCAAAGACGCAGUCAGUCAUGUUUCUCCCAACAAUCAAAAUGUCGUCGAUGCUGUUGAGAAGUGUCUUCGCGAGGGUGAGGCUGAGAUGCGCCGCCUGGAUGCGUUUCUGAAGAACUUGAAGUGCGAUUACAUCGUCACGGACAGUAAAAGCAAAAGGGUCAAAUCGACCGUCCGAAAGCUCCUGUACCCUUUUAAGAAGGGGAACAUCCAGAAGUUGGAGAAUGAUGUACAGACCAUCAACGUUAUCUUGGCAACUGCACUGCAAGCACUUGAAAUAGAUAUUGACAGCACGCAAUCAAAGCAACUCUCUUCGCUCAUCUCCGCAUCGACCACCACAUCUGCUACUGUCGAUUCCGUUCUGGACGGCGUUGUGGCGCUCCGUACCGAUGUCUCGAACCUAUCGUCCGACCUCUUGGGAUCCGGCUCCUUGAUCGAACAGGAUAUUAAGGAAGUCUGCCAAAAUGUCUCCAUUAUCGUACCGGAAAUACGGUCGGCGUUGCCUGCUAUCGAGCAUUCCACAGCGGAAACCACAAGAAGCACAACGAUCAUUCAAUCUAAUGUACAAGCAAUUGGACAGGGCAUUGGCGAGAUCAGGCAGGAGCUAUUCGCUUCGUCCGGUGGGCUGAAGCGAACUUCAGAUCUUGUGCAGAGCCUGUUCUCCGACCUCACCCAAUUUCGAUCAGAUCACGCAUCCCGGAUGGAAAGUCUCAACUACGCACUCUUCAAUAUCGCUUGCUGUGUAAACCCGAUGCCCUACGUGCUUUUUGCGAAGACAUUGAAAUCUCUGAAAAGGCACCCAAGCGACGGCGCCAUCGUCCUCGUCCACAGCUCAUGGGUCUAUCUAGGACGUUUCAGGGCCUACUAUGCCAUUGCAUUCCAGAACACAGGGAGGCACCAAUAUCACUCGGAUUGGUUCUCUCUAUCCCUCGAGAAGGAAUUUACGCUGGCACACUUGCCAAACUGUCCGUUCUACAGCCCUCCAGAGCAACGCCGCUCCGUGAAAGCAAGAGUGGUUUGCCUCUGGGCUAUCUUGGCGACGACCGUAUCCAUCGGAUUGUCCUUUACGGCUGGCGCUGGCGGGUAUUCUAUUGCUCCCUACCUCUCCUGGAGCAGAGUUGUACCAUGGGAUUCUCCCGCUUUUGAGCUUCUGCUCAAUGAGGUCGAGUUCUAUGUAGAUGCUAACAUCGGCCACACAAAGGCUCCUCGAGAUUUUCACGUUGCGGCAGACGCUACCACGGAUCUCAAUGAAGCUGGACAGUCACUAUGCCAUGUCGUGAUGGACCUCAUGAAACCUGCAGGUCUGAAAGACGAUAGAGUCCUUGAAGCUUUCAAUAGGCUGCUACGCAUGCUCUCUGAGGUCGGAGUCCCACUCAACCAGAUCGACACAAAGGGCUAUUCCCCGAUGGAUCGGUGCAUGGUAGUAGUAAGCACGCGUUAUCCUUUCCCUGCUCUCGCACACAUCUUCACGAGUAUGAGCCUAGAAUUGAUCAAAGGAGGUCUUGACGCGGGCCCACGGUUAGAAAGUAUCGAAGCAGGGCUGGGCAUUGGUUCAGGCCACGACCCUUGGUACGAAGGACCAUUCUAUCAAAAAUGCUUGUCGAUGUGCCAAGAGCUUGCAGAGGGUAAGAUUCCCAACAACCAGUGGGAGAGUGCUAACAAGAUCAGUUUGCAGAUGUAG